AUGGCACUGAACGCUCCGAAGCCGACUCGGAGCGCAGAAUUUGAGCCCUGCAGGUACAACAAGCAGUCGUGCGACCACGAGAGGCCAGUCUGCUCGCGAUGCAUACGACGCGGCCUUCAAAAUGAAUGCGUAUACCGAGAGCGGCCUUUCAAGAAACGCAAGCUAGUGCAAACACAGACUCCUGCCCCUGCUGGCUCCACAGGCUCAGCAUCGGCCGUGCCGAGAGAUGAGGCCAAUGGCAUUCUAGUAUCCGACACUCCACGAUACCCUAACCCAGGAUUCCAAGGCACUUCGAACCAUGUGGCCAUCUUUCAACAGCUCCCAUGCCAUGUUGACCAAGAGCAAACUCCCAUCCCCACAGUCACAACCAGCACUGGCGGUGCCGCGAGAUCGCUGGCGCACUGCUACUGUAACAGGAACCAGGGAGAGCAAAUCAUGGAAGACUGCCUCGUCAAGCUAGACCUGUAUAGAGUCUCUGCGCCGAUCAGCUUCUGGCUUGCUACAGACACCAAUUUAGGUGCAUUGAGUGGCCAUUUCGUACCUGGCUGUGUGAAGACAGUCGAAGACAACCUAUUGGUACCACAUCAAGACGUCGUUGCGUUCGCGUCUGCGCUCGCUUCUAAAACGACCGCCAACUCCAAGCGGCCACUGACGUUCGACGGGACUUCAACUUUUCAGCUGAUGAAGAGCGAGCAUUGUGGCGAGCACAUUCUGGCCGGAGGUCGUGCAGCUGCUGACAUCAGGUUCUUUCCUCCAUUGUACAAAGAUGACACUGAGCGCGAUGAGUUGCAGAAACUGCUCAGCCGAUUGGCAGAGCGCUGUCUGGAAUCAGCUGUGUCUCUCGGUCGCGUGAACAAUUUCCUGCUGAUCAGUCAAUAUGAGAACUUCAUUCUGUAUACUGUGCUCUUUGGCGAUCAAAGUUUCGAUGCAUGGCGACGUCUGGGCGAUGUGAUCAGCUCUCUCCUCUUCCUCGGCCACAAUGAGGAUAACAAACGUGGACCUGCAUGCCCUCUAUUCCUGGCCGAAGUGAGACGGAAUUGCUUUGCCCAGAUCUAUCUGGCCGAUAAAGAGCUGUUGCUAUUCCUGGGUCGGCCGCCUCGACUCAGUCGUGUCUUCUGCUGCUUUCAGGUGCCCAGAAUUCUACAAGUCCUGUUCCUGCUCCAUAAAGGCAACUUGCAGCAACCCGAGCCCGCUGCUUCCAUACACCAUUCCAAGGCUUUGAUCGUCGCGAAAGAGAUGCUGUCACUUGUGGUUGAGUGUAUCUCAUUUCGGAAAGGCUUGGUCGAUUCUGGCUGCAGUCUCAACUGGACGAUUGUCCAAUACGGCCUUCCAGCCGCCGGCUUCGUCGCUCUUCCCCUCAUCCGCAACAAUCAUGACCAUCUUGGCGCGAAAUUUAUCCAAGACCUCUGUGUCUUCGUCUCAGAGGUUCAGGCUGGAGGCGUUAUAACGGUGACGGAACCGAACUAUGCUCUGCUCUCUAGAGCGACGACUUCACUUCAGAGCUUGUUGACCCAAGUCCUAGCGCCGCCGCCGGUCAAUCACACAGAAACUGUACGACCUCCUGGACAUUCAGCCUAUCAAGACGUCAGUGGAGCCGGGAUUGACCUGUUGAGCGAUCUCCCAUUCUUAGACGAGCAGCCACCCUUGGACUUUUGGACGAAUGAGGAGGAAUUUUGGGGUGUGCUGGGAGCGCAGGCGAUGGCUUUUCAGUGGGAUGGGGCGGAGAUGUAUGGAGCAGGUAUGGGGCAUUGA